GCGAUUGUGCCCAGGACUGGAGAGGCGAGGGUCCAGGCGUUGCUAAGAGAGUUCCGUAGCCAAGGCGGCCGGCGGCACACGUGACGGCGGUUGCCAGGGUGAAAGGUCAAUGCCCCCCCCACGGGCGCGUCCAAGAUGGCGGCGGCGGCGGGGCGCUGGAGCUGGGGCUCGGGCGGAGGGCCCCGCAGGUGGUCGCGACCGCCGCUAAUCUGGAUGCUGCUACUCGCCUCGGUGGGGUCCGGGGUCAGAGCUGCCGGGGCCCGGCUGUACAGCGUCGAUGGCACGGACGCCGUGUGGGCGCUGGACGCCGGGAGCGUGCGCGCGGCCACGGGCAACAGCUCGGCCGCGUGGCUGGUGCAGUUUUACUCUUCGUGGUGCGGCCACUGCAUCCACUACGCGCCCGUCUGGCGGGCCCUGGCGCGCGACGUUCGAGACUGGGCUUCUGCUAUUAGAGUCGCUGUCUUGGAUUGUGCUGCAGAAGAGAACUAUGAUACCUGCAGGGACUAUGGUAUUCAUUUUUACCCAACUUUUAGGUAUUUUAAAGCAUUUACAAAGGAGUUCACAACUGGAGAAAAUUACAAAGGAAUUGAUAGAGAGCCACAAACAGUAAGGCAAACAAUGAUUGAUUUCCUCCAGAAUCAUACCCAAGGAAACAGACCUCCUGCUUGUCCAUCCUUGGACCCUGUUAUGUCCAGUGACAUUUCUCCUCUCUUGGAAAACAGUGGUGGUCAUUACAUUGCUAUUUUGUUUGAAAGCAAUAACUCCUAUGUAGGACGAGAGGUGAUAUUAGACUUGAUUCAGUACAAAAACAUUGUGGUAAAAAGAGCACUGAAUUCUGAUAAGGCAUUUCUCAAGAAACUUGGUGUUACUUCAGUCCCUUCAUGUUACCUGAUUUAUCCAAAUGGGUCUCAUGGAUUAAUUAGCAUUGUGAAGCCUCUUCGUUCUUUCUUCUCUUCCUAUUUAAAGUCAUUACCUGGUGUGAGAAAAAAAAUUCUCUCACAGUUUCCAUUUACAGUAAAAUCAAAGAAAGAGGACAAUUCAGAGAUCAUGGUCUGGAGAGAAUUUGAUAAGUCAAAACUUUAUAUGGCUGAUCUUGAGUCAGGGUUGCAUUAUCUCCUUCGAGUGGAGCUUGCUGCUCAUAAGACGCUGGAGGGAGCUGAGCUGAAGACCUUCAGGAAUUUUAUUACAGUCAUUGCAAAGCUAUUUCCUGGCCGCCAGCCUGUGGUGAAGUUAUUGGAAACUUUACAGGAAUGGUUGGUCAGCCUCCCUUUGGACAAAAUCCCUUACAAUGCAAUCCUGGACCUGGUCAAUAACAAAAUGCGGAUUUCUGGAAUAUUUCUAACCAAUCAUGUAAAGUGGGUUGGAUGUCAAGGAAGCAGACCAGAGUUAAGGGGUUAUACUUGUUCUCUUUGGAAACUUUUCCACACUUUAACUGUCCAGGCAGUAAUUCGUCCAAGAGCUCUGGCCAACACAGGUUUUGAAGAUGAUCCCCAAGUUGUUUUGCAGAUUAUGAGACGGUACCUUGAGACAUUUUUUGGAUGUAGAGAAUGUGCUGAGCAUUUUGAAGAAAUGGCUAAAGAAUCCAUGGACUCAGUGAAAACUCUGGAUGAAGCAGUCCUCUGGCUGUGGAAGACACACAACGUAGUGAAUAACAGGCUGGCAGGCCAGCCAAGUGAAGAUCCCAAAUUUCCAAAAGUUCAGUGGCCAACACCAGAUCUCUGCCCAGGCUGCCAUGAGGAAAUUAAGGGCCUGGACAGCUGGAAUGAAGUACAAGUGCUGACAUUCUUGAAGCAUCAUUACGGCAUCGAAAAUAUCUUAAAUAAGUAUGCUGAAGAUGAGACUAAUGAAAUUUUAUUAGAGGCCAAACAGGAAUUAAAAGGAGAUGCUAUCCCGGAGAAAUCAAAUGAAAAAGAAGAGCUGAACCUGGAUCUGCCAAAUGUUUUGGAUCCCAAAUCUCAUAUUUCAGAUAAAUUAAAUAAUAGACCUGACAGAGAUAAAAUUGAACAUCCAUAUGAAUCUAAGAUUCAUAUAGAAACCAAACAGUCUGGGUCUUUCUUAGGGACUGGCUUUUCCAACAUUGACAUGAGCCUGUGUGUUCUGCUAUAUGUUGCAUCAUCCGUCUUUUUAAUGAUAAUGUAUUUUUUUUCCAGAAUGAGGUCCAAAUGGUGGAAAGUAAAGUAUUAUCGUUCACCGGUAUAAAACAUUUUUAAAAAUUAUUAUUAUUGUUGAUAAAUCAGAGACAGAGUUUCUUUGUAAAUGGCAAGUUGUCAGGACCAGAUGCAGCUUUUAUAUUUAUGAUCAGGGAUUUUAUGCCACAGUAGAAUUGGGUUUCAAACUACAUUUUCCUCAUUCUAUAUUCAAUCACUCAUUAUAUGAUUGUCCUGUCUUGCAAAGAAAAAGUAUUGGGCCUUUCCCUGGCAUCACUUGUACAUUUCAUAGCAUUCAUUAUUUGCAUCUUUUAUGGAUCUAUAGCAUAAAGAAAUAUUAUUCUUCAUUCACUCUUCCAUGUUUUAGAAAGAAAAAAUUGAGUGCUAUCCCACAUGUUAAAAAUAUUUCCCACUAAGGUUUUUACAUCCUAAAUUUUCUAAACAGUAUGUUUGUCUGCUGCUCGUUUGCCAAGACUUUGUUUUUAUAUUUGGAGAAGCAUAUAUUGAUAUUUUCAAGGAUCACAGUUGAGCACUUUUGGUCCAUUGUAUGGUACAGGCUGCAUCUUAGAAGGAGAAGGCUUUCAGGGUAAAAUGUUCAUCUUUCUGGAUCCUGAAAAUCAUCUUCUAAGAUGAUAUUUUCUUGAAGUUUUGAGUAAUCCAAUUAUACUUUGUGAUUUUUACCUUAUGGGCUGUUCCCACAUAAAGUAGAAGGAACUUUCAUUAGGGAUUGAGCAUAAAAUCUGAAAAACAAACAAGAUCAUGCUUGAAUUAUAGUGAUAAUGCCUCAGAGCCAGUGAUUCCUGGGGAAGCAGAAGAAAAAGUCCUCAGUUAUUUCCAUGCUUUGAUGGUUGCAGGUAGCAAUUUUCUCUAAGUCAUCUGAGUUGGUGGCAAUUUUUUUAUGUAAUGAAUUUCAAGUAAAUACAUGCCUAACAAAUUUGUUUUGUGAAAAAACAAAGCCAUUCCUUACUUCAUUCUUUGAGGUUAAAUUAUUUGGGUUCAGAAGAAAUAGAUCUUUAAAGGCAUGACUCUGGGUAGGGUGUUUUUUUUUAACCUGUUCAUAAGAAAUAUGUGAGCAAGUGAAUGCUUUUAAGGUCUCUCCAUCCUGUGAUUGUCCUCUUUGUGUGAGUGGAUUCGAGUCUUGCCGGGAUUCUGCUCAUGUUCAGUAAUAAUGUUAAUGGAAUAAAGAGUUAUUAUUACAGUGUCACUGUGAUUUGGACCAUUGCGGUGUUUCUGUUACAGAAUCAGGGUAGAGCCAGGUGACUUGACAGAAGUGUACUUUAAAAUACAAGUUAGAAGACCAGAUCUUUGCCAGGGAGAUGGAAAACAGGCAAGUUGCCAUAUCUAUCUUUUAAUAAUUAAAUUUAAAAAUCUACUUGUGUAUACCAGCAUUAAAUUAUUAAAUUAGCUUUUAUUAGAUGUUACUCUUACUGUCUAACAUCUUAUUAAGCACUGUGAUGAAAUGACCUUUCUUUUAUUUGGGGUAGAAAUUUCCUGUUUUAUCAUUGUGUCUGUAAAGUGCUGGAAUAUUGUAGCACAGUAUAUAGACUUCUAGAAAGGGCCUUCUCUAGUGGGGAGGAGUGGGAACUCAUUUAAAUAUUAUUGAUCCUGGCCAAAAGGCCAAGAAGCAAUAAUUUUAAUAUUAUUCUUUACUUUGAGAAUAUAGUGAACAUAGAACUAGUAGUUAGGUCUGGAAAGGUGAGAUAUGUUCAUUGGAUAUUAUUGGCUGCCAGUCUUUGCUGCACUUUAAAUAGACCAGGAGAGAGCAGAUCAUUCUUAUAGGACACCCUUUGUUGCCAGAACUUGAUGAGAAUUCAAGGGGAAACCUCAUUCUGAAGUUCAAAAAGACAAGCCAGUCUGUUCUGAAUGCUGGAGAUAAAAUUAUGCUAAGGGUUGGACUCUAAGAUUUUUUAAUGGUAUAGCCAUUUAGAGCCUGUGGACUCUUAGGGCCUAUGUUAGGCUGAGGUGAUCAUAGUAAAUGCACUGAGUUUCACUUCAAAGGAGAGAAACAGCCUUAUAUAUGUUUAGGGAGUAUGCUAGGCUACGGACUUCCAAAAGAGAUGGAUAAGGAAUAGAAAUUAGACUCUAGAUACAAAAAAUAGAAGACCAUCUCUAAAUCGUUAGAAACAUGACUACAUUAAGUCUUAUAUUAUUUUUAAUGUUAUUGCCUUUUAAUUUGGUAGUAAUUAUUUCUAACGUCACUGUUUUCUCACUUGGAUUAAGGGAAGGGAAGCUUGCUAGUGGCAAAAGACCAUCAGUUAGACCUUAAAGUUUAGGAUUGGGCUGGUGAUAGUGGAAGACAGAAAGAAGGAAGAAAACCAUUGGGGCAGAGACUUUGGGAUUAUGAGAUUAAAGUAAUUCCCUGGCCUCACAGAGACAUUUUUUCUGUUAGCACUUACCUUUCUUUAGUGUUGAGUCAGAGGAAAAAAAUUUCAAAAGAAUGAUAUUUUCAGAAGGCAUAGAUAGGGUGCUGAAAAAUAAUGUGGAAAGGGGGUGGACCAGAAGAUCUCUAUGGUCUCUUUCAGUUUUAAGAUUCUUUAAACUAUGGCAUAUAAUAAUUAUUCAAAUCUUUGUAUAUUUAAAAGUUUGAAGUUUUUAUCUUUUUUGAAUUUAAACUUAAACUAAAUCAUAAAUUAAGCUCCAUUUAAAUAAAUGCCUGAUUUCAUAAUACCCCUAUGCCCACCUUUGCCAAAAUUCUGCCUAUUUUUAACUUUUGGUGUUUUAUUUUCAACAGGGAUAAAGGGUUAGGAUUUUGAAAAUGGAGCAGAGCGGCAUUCUUGGGGAAAACUAAUGUUUUCUCAAAAGUGGGGAACAGGUACCCAAAGGAAAGUUUCAGGAGUGGCUUUAGAAGACCGUUGUAGCUUUUGAUUUGUCACAAAAGCUUUAUCUGGAGACAUAUGUAUAGGAUUUUAAAAAUUAUUUUGGGUUCCCCCCCACACACUUUUGUUAUUUUUUUAUAUGAUAACUGGCUAAAGGAGAGUCUUUCAAUGUUUACAAGACCAUUUUGUUAUUGAUUUCAUUGUUAAAACUUCAAGGGAGUGGUUAGCGUUUUAGAAAAAAACAAAACAAAACCUCAACAAAGAUGUUUAUUUCUUUGCAUAAAUAUUACCAACUUUUGCUUUAUGGUUUUUUUUUACCAUAUUUGAAAAAGAAAGCAAGAACCCGAAGACCUUCACUUCUCUUAUUAGAGGGUAUAAUCAGAAUUUCAUCCAUUCCACUGUUAGUGGCUUUCAGUGAUCUUAAUUUAUUUCUGUCGCAUAUCAGAUUUGGUCUUCCAAUUGUUAUGUCUCCCAGUACCAUAAUGGGAGAUUCCAAAUUAUUGGAGCAUGAAAGGGUCAAGUGUUAAGUUUGGAGAGGGAAGAAAUGGAUUAACAUAAAAUGUACAAAGUCAAAUAUUCUUAAUGCAAAAAUAUUUUCUGGUUCAUGCUUGAAUUCCCUUUCCUUAAAGUAGCUUCCUUUUAAGUGAUAUUAAUUAAAUAUGAUAUGCCUCCCAAUAAUUUUUUUGUUAUUUCUCUAAAAGCCUUUAGGAUUCGACGGGCAUUUAAAUUUCAUAACAUCAUAUUGUAAAGUUACAGUGGUUUUGGGGAUAGAUUUGUGUCCUCCUGGGAAGUAAUGAUAAAAGUUUCACCACAGAACAAUAAAUAUGAAAUUCACAUUCAGGGAAGGGACCAGGGAGCCAAAUUAUUUCUCUUCUCUAAUGUCUGUGAUGGAAGGAACUUCUGUGCCAAGGGAACCAAAAAUAUUUCCUCAAUUCAUUUUAAACUACAAAUGGUAUAUACUCCAGAUAAUGUUCAUGGUUGAAAUUGAUAUUAGUAUUUUUUUAGGAAUUUCUGAGGUAUAUUUUCUAAGUCUAGAGAUAGCAUACAAAGUUGUUGAAAACUAAUAAAUAUAUUUCAUUAAUUUAAAUGCUUAUUUAUUUUUAAUGGAUGGAUUCUGAUGAAAAGCCAAUUGAUAAAGUAUUGUCAUUUGUCUCAUAACACAGAAAAGGCCCCUUUUGUAUUGAAUCGGCUAACUCUACUGUGUACAUUUUUGAAAUAAAGAAAUCUGACAUUUUA